GAGAGGCCGCCGAUAAAGGUUGGGUGCCUCGCGCCGGGGGCUGUUGGGAGGGAGCGCGCCCCCGCCCCCCUCCCAGGCCCCCACUCUUGUCCCGCCGCUGCCGGGGCCCCGUGUUCCCGUCGGCCCCCGCGGGAAGGCCCUAGGUCUCCCCGGCUCAUUCCCCGGGUCCGGGCCGCAGGUGCACGCUUGCUCCCUUCGGGGACGCGGGAGCCUGGGGGCUGCCAUGGCCCCCAGCCACCUGUCAGUGCGGGAAAUGAGGGAAGAUGAGAAACCCCUGGUUCUGGAGAUGCUGAAGGCUGGCGUGAAGGACACAGAGAACCGCGUGGCCCUGCAUGCCCUGACACGGCCACCAGCCCUGCUCCUCCUGGCCGCGGCCAGCAGCGGCCUGCGCUUCGUGCUGGCCUCCUUCGCCCUGGCCCUUCUCCUGCCCGUGUUCCUGGCCGUGGCGGCCAUGAAGCUGGGCCUUCGGGCCCGAUGGGGCUCGCUGCCCCCGCCGAGCGGCCUGGGGGGGCCCUGGGUGGCGGUGCGCAGCUCGGGUGACGUGUGUGGGGUGCUGGCCCUGGCCCCAGGCUCCAGUGCCGGGGACGGGGCCCGGGUCACCCGCCUCUCUGUCUCCCGCUGGCACCGCCGCCGAGGUGUGGGCAGGCGGCUGCUGGCCUUUGCCGAGUCCCGGGCUCGAGCCUGGGCGGGAGGCAUGGGGGAGACCCGGGCCCGGCUCGUGGUCCCGGUGGCUGUAGCAGCUUGGGGUGUGGCGGGGAUGCUGGAGGGGUGCGGCUACCAGGCGGAGGGCAGCUGGGGCUGCAUGGGCUACACGCUCGUAAGAGAGUUCAGCAAGGACCUGUGACUGGACCCGGCCGGGAGGGAGAGCCCUUAGCGAGCCCUCCCUCUGGGAACCCCCAGCCCUCUGGGGGCCACAGACGGGCCUGCAGAGAGCAGGACGCCCCACUGCGGGCUGGUGUCUGGCUGUAGUGCGUGAACUUCUCAGGCCAACCUGUCCGGGGUUGUGCAGUCUGUCCGCAAGGCUGCCCCGUGCGUGGUGCGGGCAGGAGGAGAGGGGCCGGACGAGCGUGCCUCUGUGGGUUAAGACUUGGGGCAGGGGCACCCCAAGUGGGGGACACGGCCCUCCUGGGAACAGGCUGAAGUGCGAUGACUGGAGGGGAUGAACGGAGCCUCUGCAGGGGAGGGUCAUCGGCUCAGAGAGGCCCCGGCAGGGACGGGGUGGGCACAGGGUGGGCCCCGGGCAGGCCCCUCCUGGGAUGGUGAGCCGAGAGGAGCAGCCACACCCAGCUGGUUUUUCACACCCGACUGUUAAUAAAGCCCCGUCUCGCUCUCUCUGA